UAUAUCGUUAUAACGAGAAAAUACUUAAACGCUAUGGCUUUAAAAGGAAUUAAGGUUGUAGAGUUAGCUGGACUUGCUCCAGGACCUUUCUGUGGAAUGAUUUUGGCAGAAUUUGGAGCAUCUGUUACCAGAGUGGAUAAGCUUGAAACUCAAUCAUUAGAUUGUUUGGGCCAUGGGAAGAGAUCAAUAUCAUUAAAUUUGAAAUCUGAAGAGGGCAUUAAUAUUUUCAAAAAAUUAAGUGACCAAAGCGACAUUGUCAUUGAUACAUACAGGAGAGGAGUCAUGGAAAGGUUGAAGAUUGGACCAAAUGAACUUAUGGUAACAAAUAAAAAAUUGAUAUAUGCUAGGUUAACUGGAUACGGUCAAACUGGCUCUUUUGCAGAUAUGGCUGGUCAUGAUAUCAAUUAUUUAGGUUUAUCUGGAUUACUGUCUUUAUUUGGUCGAUAUAAUGAAAAGCCUAUACCACCUGUCAAUCUGGCUGCUGAUUUCGGCGGCGGAUUGAUGUGCGCUCUUGGAAUAAUCUUGGCAUUAUAUGAGCGAACUAAGAGCAAUAUUGGACAGGUGAUAGAUGCAUCAAUGGUAGAGGGAUCAGCAUAUUUAGGAUCUUGGUUAUUCAGAUCGCAAAACAUGGGUAUUUGGGAAAAACCACGUGGUAAAAAUCUUCUUGACACAGGAUCACAUUUUUACGAUACAUACGAGACGAAAGAUAAAUUUUACAUGUGCGUUGGAGCGAUCGAACCACAGUUUUAUGAAAUCUUUCUAGAAAAACUUGGUCUUUCAAGCGACGAAGUACCACAAUACGAAAAUUUUGAAGAAAAUCGUCGUAAAAUUACGGAAAUUUUCAAAACGAAGACUCAAGCGGAAUGGUGCGCUAUAUUUGACGGCACUGAUGCAUGCGUGACACCGGUGCUAAAUUUGAAAGACGUCAUGUUACAUGUUCACAAUAAGCAGAGACAGACAUUUACGAUUGUAGGAGACGAUUUAAUUCCAAAUCCUGCUCCUCGUUUAUCUCGAACACCCGGAAUUUCUCUUGGAGUUCAAAGAAACCCACAAGUCGGUGAAGACACUGUACAAAUUUUAACUGAAUUAAAAUUUCAACCUAGUGAAAUUGACCAUCUAUUGUCAAAUGGGAUUGCUUACCAAUCGCAGCACAUUUCUAAACUUUAAAUUAAAGUUACCUCUAUAUAAGAUGUUGCGUCUACCGCCAGAAUUGAUUGUUUCCAAAAACAAGCAUAUUUUUGUAACACUUUUGCACAUGCGCGAAACAAACAGACAAAUGUUAUUACUCUUAAAAAAAAAAAACUUAUUGGUAAAGGGCACAAUCUGUCAACUUUUCAGAACGUUUGAAAAUCAACUCGACUCUGUCACCAAGCUUCAAGCUUUGUAUUUUUCCCAAUUUUCUUCGCAUUUCGCUAGUCAACUGAUGAAACACUCUGCACUGAUAUAUGGGCGAAGUAUGGAGGCGAAGAAUGGAACAAUAUAUUAAUUAAAAUGUACGUACACUUUGACCUUGGGUGGAAUCAACAAGGUCAAACUCAUAAGGUUGGUAAAUAAAUCUUUUUACAACCUACACAACUUUUGUCUGAAACAAUUUUGUAAAACUUAUACUUUUUGAGAUAUUCGAAAUCCGAUCUUUCUCGAACAUUCUCUGUCUGUCGUAGCUACAGAUGGUCUAUACUAAUACAUCGUAUUAGGAUCAUAGGAUCCUAGGUUCAAGGUUGCAAAAAAUAAUCCCUUUGAUGUUCCCGACAAUCUCUGAAACUUUAUUGGUUAAAUUUCCG